CUUCCUCUUUAAAUUUCCAAUUCUCAAUAGAUGCAACCCAUGUACAAUCAAACAUUUUCAACACCAAGAUAAUAAGUUUAAAUAUCACCUCAACAAGAAAUUAACAAUCACUACAAUUAAUUAAUGAUGUAAUACUCUGAAUUAGAACAAGAAAUGUAUUCUUAAAAAAGCGACAAUCAUAUGAAAUAUCAAUAGAUUGUUACAAAAAUAGAUCACAUUUAUAAUGAAUUGACUACCAAUAUAAAUUAACUCUAAUAUUCAUCAAGAUAAGAUUAUUAAUAAUUGUUAUAAGAAUUAAAAUCUCAGAGAGAACAAAAUAUUUAAAUGUUGUAAACCAUAGCCUUAAAGUAAUAAGCUAAAUAAUAAUAAUAAUAUAAUGGACACAAAUAAAAUCAAUCUGAAAAUUUUUAUGAUUAUAUUGAUUAAUAAGAAUAACAACUUUUGGAAGAUUUAUAAACUUUGGAUAGCUAUAAAUAAUAAAAAUAUGAUAAUAAUGAUCUCAUGCCUAUCAGUUCUAGAGUCUAAAUGAAUUAUUUAUCACCUACAAAUCAUUAGAGAUUCAGUUCUAAUUACAAUAGCAUAUAACAAUAAAAAUAGCAUACCCCAUUGUAAUCAACUUAAUAUUCAUAAAAUACACCAUAAAUGCAAUAUAUCAAUAAAUUAAGAUAAAACUAUGGAACCAUUGAAUAAUAACAAAAAAAUUAUGAAUCCACUCCAUAAUAUCAUUAAGUAUAAUAAUAACCUAGAUACUAAAUUUAAUCACAGGAAAAGUAUUACAAUAAAAGUCCAAUCCUAAUUACUAAUGAAGAAUAAAUAGUUGAUUAAAAAAAUUCAUAUCAUGCUAUGAAUGUUAGUGCUUAACCAGAAUAUUAAAUAUCAAUACAUAAGUAAGCUCCACCAUAUUAAACUUCAAUUAACUAUUAAGAAAUUACUCCAGUACAUAAACAUAAACCAAUUUUUGAUUAAUAAAUCACUAAUAAAUCAAGAAUAACCGAACCUAACUAAUGUCAGCAUGUUAAAGAGAUAUCAAUUGAAAAAUAACCAAUUCUUAGAUGUGAGUAAGAACAAAAAAUUGUUUAAUAAGCAUAAACACCAAAUAGAAGAUAAAAUUCUUAAUAAAGUCUACCUUUGAAUUUUAAUUAACAAUAACCAAGUAUAAUCCAUUAAAAAGAAAAAAUAUUUGAUUAAUCUCAAAUAAAUUUAAGUAGAGAUAAAUCUACGCAAAAAAUUUUAUAAUAAUAAUAUUCACCUUAAUAAUAAUAAUAAUAGUAAUAAUAAUAAAUACUCAAUAUUUCAUAAUUUGAAUAUAAUAAUACAAAUUAAAAUGAAUAAGUCCUUCCACCUGAAGUUUAAAAUUAAAAUGUUUUAAAUGAAUCAUAACAGAGUUAUAUCAUGGAUUUAUAUGGUAAUUUAGGUUAUGAUUAAUUUUAUUAAUAUCUUUGUUAGAAAUAUCCAAUAUAACAUUAAUUACAGUAUAUAAACAAUAAACCUAAUCAUGGAGAUUAAAGAAUUUUAAGGUAAGAUUAGGAAGCUCUAGAUUUAAUGUAAUAUAUCUAUUGUACAAUGUGUGAUCAAUUUAUUUCUAUAAAAUAGGCUAAUAAUCAUCUAAAUUUCUGUAUAAAUAAUAAACAAAGUAAGUAAUAAUAGGAUGAUAAAUAUUUGGACUUAUUUAUUUGUUGCACAGAUCCAAUGAAUUAAUACAUAGAAACUCGAGAAUAGAAAUAGAGAAGAUUAAUAAAUGAAUUGACUAAGAUAAAAUAUUUAAUUGAAGUAGCUUUAAAAUAAAAAGAAUAUACUCUUGAACAAUAGAAAUAAAAAGAAUAUUGUUUAUUUACUAUAGAAAUUUUAAAUUUAAUAAUAUAAAAUCCAAGAAAUCAAUAAAUAAAUCAAUAGAUGUAAGAUUUGGUGAGUAUUUAUUAAGUCUUAGAUCAGCAGCAAUAUAAUUUUUAUAAACAAAUUGUGUUUUUAUUGUAGAAAGCAAAUGUAAGAAUUUAAUAAUUAAUUUAAUGA